CUAGUUUACUUUAUAGUUUAUACUACAAAAUAUAUGUUACUGUAAGUAAAUCUUUCUUAUUUUCCGCCGACACGCUUUCUCUCCCUUCAUUAUUCUAAGCUUCGAAUCUGUCUCUCUCUCUCUCCCAGUCCUUUUCUUAAAUGUCCCUCACCUGCAAUAACAAUGGUUGUCCCCGCCGAAUGCGAUCUCUACGUUGCUUCUCCUUCAUUCUCACUACUAUGUUCCUCUUGCAUGUUUUCCAGGCUUAACUAGCUAGAUACACUCUGAAUCUUGACCAAAAUGGAGCACAAGCCUGCUGAUUAUCUUUUCAGAUUUCGCAUUUCCUUUAUUCUUCUUCUGAUCGCUCUAACGAUUCCUGCUGCAGACUUUGUUCAAGGAACUACCGAUCCAUCUGAUGUGCAAGCUCUUCAAGUUGUAUAUGUUUCGCUAAACAAUCCACCGCAGCUAACUGGAUGGAAAGCCAGCGGUGGCGAUCCUUGUGUGGAAUCAUGGAGAGGGAUCACUUGCCAGGGAUCUGCUGUUAUUUCACUUCAAAUACCCAAUUUGGGAUUAAAUGGGACACUGGGAUAUUUUCUUUCUGGCCUUGUUUCAUUGAAAACACUGGAUAUGAGUGAGAACAGCAUUCACGACACUAUCCCAUAUGCAUUGCCUCCUAACCUUACAAGCCUAAAUCUAGCAAACAACAACUUAUCUGGGAAUUUACCUUACUCCAUCUCCAGCAUGGUUUCUCUUAAUUAUCUGAACACUAGUCACAAUUCUCUCGCUCAAUCAGUUGGAGAUCUAUUUACUAAUCUGGUUCAGCUCACAACCUUGGAUCUAUCAUUCAACAAUUUAAGUGGAGAUCUUCCUAAUUCCUUGAAUUCUUUGUCCAAUCUUUCUAUUUUACAUCUGCAGAACAAUAAGUUAACUGGUUCUCUCAAUGCUCUCACUAGUUUGCCUUUAAUAGAACUAAAUGUUGCAAAAAACAAUUUUAGUGGUUGGAUACCAAAGGAGCUUCUCUCAAUUCCUCAUUUAAUAUAUGACGGGAAUUCUUUUGAUAAUGGUCCUGCUCCUCCGCCGCCUCCGUAUACCCCACCUCCUCCUCGCACUCAUAAUAAUCGUAGUCAUUUUCCUGGUGCACAAACACCCGGGGGUUCUGGAAACCGAAAACCCAUUUCAGAUAAUGGGAAGAAGGGACUAGAAACUGGAGCUGUUAUAGGAAUAAUUUCUGGAUCAUUGUUUGUUUUUCUCUUUGCAAUAUUAGUGCUCUUACUUUGCUUUUGGAAAGGUAAAAAGAAAGAAAAUGCUGCUGCAAAACCUUCUGCAGAAAAUCUUCCUGUUACAAGAGACAAAGUGAACACCGAGGGGCAAGAGUACAGGAUGCAAUCAACUAUGACUCUUGCAGAUUUGAAGCCCCCACCAUCUGAAAAGCUUGUGGCUGAAAAGAUGCAAGGGAAAAAUGGAUCUCUGAAGAGAGUGAAAUCCCCCAUAACUGCUACAUCUUAUACCGUUGCUUCCCUCCAAUUGGCAACAAACAGCUUUAGCCAGGAAAACCUUAUAGGUGAAGGUUCCCUUGGUCGUGUCUAUAGAGGAGAAUAUGCCAGCCAAAGGGUAGUUGCCAUCAAGAAGAUCGACAAUGCAGCAUUAUCAUUGCAGGAGGAAGAUAAUUUUAUUGAAGCUGUCUCAAAUAUGUCAAGAUUGAGGCAUCCUAACAUCGUAAUGCUGGUGGGAUAUUGUGUGGAGCAUGGACAACGCCUUCUGGUUCAUGAUUUUGUUGGAAAUGGCAGUUUGCAUGAUAUGUUGCAUUUUGCUGAUGAAAGAAGCAAGACGUUGAACUGGAAUGCACGUGUUAGAGUAGCGUUAGGCACUGCUCGAGCUCUAGAGUACUUGCAUGAGGUCUGCCUGCCUUCAGUUGUACAUAGAAAUUUGAAGUCCGCAAACAUUUUGCUUGACGAAGAGUUGAAUCCACACUUAUCAGAUUGCGGUUUAUCUGCUUUGGCGCCAAAUACAGAACGACAGGUGUCGUCAACCCAGAUGGUUGGCUCUUUUGGUUACAGUGCUCCAGAAUUUACAUUAUCUGGAAUCUACACUGCAAAAAGUGAUGUCUACAGCUUUGGCGUAGUAAUGCUUGAACUGUUGACAGGUCGAAAGCCACUGGACAGUUCAAGGGUUAGAGCGGAACAGUCGCUAGUGAGAUGGGCUACUCCUCAACUCCAUGACAUUGAUGCCUUAGCUAAGAUGGUUGAUCCUUCUCUUAAUGGGAUGUAUCCUGCAAAAUCAUUAUCACGUUUUGCUGAUAUCAUUGCCCUUUGUGUUCAGCCUGAACCAGAGUUUAGGCCUCCCAUGUCUGAAGUUGUGCAGGCAUUGGUUCGGUUAAUGCAAAGGGCAAGUGUGGUUAGGAGAAGUUCAGGCGAUGAAUCGGGGUUUAUGUACAAGGUUCCCGACGAGGCAGCACCCAGUAUUUCCUAUUAAAUAAUAUGUAGAUGCAAUAAUAAUACCUAAUUAUUAUGCUAUUAUUACUGAUUCCUUUGAAAUUUUGCAUGCAAUUAUUAUUCCAUGGCGGAGGAGUGAUUUGAUUUGCUGAGUAAAUUUUACCAAAAUGCCAAUGAGUUGUUUGUGGGCCUAUAUUAUGUAAAGAAGUAGUCUGAAACUGGAAAAUGCAGUUAUUUUAUGUACUUGUUCGUGUUUAAAUUAGUGUUAAACAACGAAACCAAUACUA